AUGGUUCUCCCUUUAAUAAUUGGUACAACCAUAACUUUAGUAGCAUUAACUGCCAGGGCUGGUUUAAAAGCAUGGUCUAGAUAUAAGAGGUUAACAUUUCCCAUGAUUGCAGAAUUAAAUGGUAUUCCCAUUAUACGAACAACGGCUUCUAAUAGCAGUACUAGAAUAUCAGGACAAGUGAAAUUUUAUUUAGAUCAUUACCAAGGUGGUUUUAUUUAUAAUGACAAUAAAAAAAUGGAUCCAAUAGAGGCUAUUUUAAUAUUAGGAUUGAAUCAAGAAACAUUUCGUAAAACCAAAAUUGAUGAGCAAUUGAUUAAAUCAAGCCAUCGAAAAUUAAUGAUUUUAAAUCAUCCGGAUAAAGGAGGCAGUCCAUUAAUAGCAUCUAAAAUAAACGAAGCACGUGAAGUUUUACUAACAGAAAUAAAGAGUAGAAACUUGUAA